GGGUUCACGGCCUCAGACUCCCCACGGGCUCGGCGCCGCAGCAGCCGGGAGAGCAGGUUGGUCGGUAUGCCCAUCGUGGUCCAAGACGUCAUGCAGCUGCUCUGCUCCAUCUCAGAGGAGAGGAAGAUGCAGGCUGCCGUGAAACAUUCUGGGAAGGGCGCCCUGGUCACAGGGGCUGUGGCCUUUGUCGGUGGCCUAGUUGGUGGGCCCCCAGGACUGGCUGUUGGGGGCGCCGUCGGGGGUCUUCUCGGAGCCUGGAUGACCAGUGGCCAGUUUAAGCCAGUCCCGCAGAUCUUGAUGGAGCUGCCCGCCUCUGAGCAGCAGCGGCUGUUUGCCGAGGUGGAGGCCAUCGUGCGGGGUCUGGACUGGGCGGACGCGGUGCAGCUCACAGCCCUGGUCCUGGGCAGCGAGGCCCUCCAGCAGCAGCUGCUGGCCCUCGUGGUCAACUACGUCAGCAAAGAGCUGCGAGCUGAGAUUCGCUAUGAGGACUAGCCGGCUGCCUCAUCAGCCUGGGUGCUGAGUUCUAAUCCUGCGCGGGUGUAGGAGACCAGCUGGGGUUUGUGUUGCAGGGGGCUGGAGCCCUAACGAGCCUGUGGUCAUCCCCGGGGGUAGGAAAGAUUGUCCAGUUCUCCUGCUGAGCUGGCCAGGUCUGGUUCUCUCUCGGGACCGCAUCCCCGUUGUUUUUGUUUUUGAUUUUUGCAGGGUGAUUCUUCCAGAGUCUCACAGCCUAGCUGGGUGCUGGUGCUCACACCUGUCAUCCCAGCUACUCAGGAGGCUGAGAUCUGGAGGAUCACUGUAGAUUCUAGAAAUCUCACUGGCAGUUCACAUCUGUCACACUACUCAGAAGGCUGAGAUCUGGAGGAUCGCAGUUCGAGGCCAGCCUGGGCAAGAAUAUCCAUGAGACUCUUAUC